AUGUCUUACCACUCGGCCUCACGCCGGCUCGUCGACCAACCCCCUCCAUACCCUUCUCCAUACUAUGCACGAGGCGACGGGCUCCCGAAUCCUCCCAAGUAUGUUGAAAUGCACACCUCUCCGGCCUCCGACCUCCCGAACAGACCAUUGUCGAAGCGGAAUCCUAAAACUUGGUCGCGGAAAUGCUGGAUCAUUCUAGCCAUCACGUUGAUCGUGAUUGCCAUAAUUGUGAUUGUUGUUGCCGUGGUUGUUAGUCGCAAGAAUCGAUAUCCGGACUACUCUUCCCUGACCUAUGCGCUUGUCGCAACAUAUUCUGGUACAGGCUUUUUCGAUAAUUUCGACUACUUUACAGGAUACGAUCCUGCCGCGGGAUUUGUGCAUUAUGUCGAUGCAGCAGGUUCUGUUGAUCUUAAUCUGACGUAUGCAACGUCGACCUCUGCUGUCUUGCGCGUCGAUCUUUCUGAUACGGACACGACUACUGGUCGCAAAUCUGCAAGAAUCACGUCCAAGGCCACCUACAACGACGGGCUUUUCAUCUUCGAUGUCUUGCACUCUCCCUAUGGCUGCUCCACCUGGCCAGCGUUGUGGCUAUCCGAUCCAUCAAACUGGCCGACCAAUGGUGAAAUCGACGUCAUGGAGGCUACCAACCUCGCUCCGGACGGGAAUCAAGUAACCCUCCACACAACCAAGCACUGCAGUAUGGGGGUCAAACGCAAGGAGACCGGCAAGGUUCUGAAGACCAAUUGUCUAAAUUCCACCGACGGUGACAGUGGAUGUGGUGUCCAAGGCACGACCGCCACAUUUGGAGAAGAAUUCAACAAUAACGGCGGUGGCGUCUAUGCCAUGGAACUUCGCGACGCUGGCAUUCGCGUCUGGUUCUUUGACCGAGACAACAUCCCUGACGAUAUCACUACCUCUACCUCUAAUUCGACCGACGUCAUCCCUGACCCUUCGACGUGGUCUGAGGCCCUGGCAGAUUUCCCAAACACCAACUGCAACAUUGGGGACCAUUUUCGCAACCAAAGCAUCAUUGUCGAUAUAGACCUAUGUGGCCAGUGGGCUGGACAAUCGCAGUAUUUCAACACUCAGUCUGGCUGUUCCGGCACGUGCGUCGACUAUGUGAGCAACCAGCCGGGAAGUGCGUACCAAAAUGCCUAUUGGGAAUUCGGAAGCUUCAGAGUCUACCAAGCCGCUUAA